AGCGGAGCAGCGACAGAGACACCGACAGAGACACCGACCCACCGAGCGGACACGGCCCCGUCAGCGGACAUAUGCAGGCUCCAGCUCCCGGAUCGGCGGCUGGUUUUCGGUGAUUUCCCUCUGUGUCGUCGCGUCUCUAUGGAUGUGAAGUAACGGAGAGCAGCAGUCAGUCCGUGUCCUCUCCAUCUCCGCGCGCUUCUCCCGCAUCCCCGCUGCCCACAACCACAAAAUGGCGGACAUCAUCGAGCUGGGACCCGCCUACGCCAUGUCUCCAGUGCUGGCGGGCUUCCUGGGAGCUGGUGUUCUGGUUUUGGUGGUGGUGGUUUUGGUUCUGCUCUGGUCGUUCUGUCAGCGCCGCUACCUGCGCGUGUCCGGACGCUACAAGCUGCACGGCGACCGUUACUGCGACGCAGAGGACCCGCCCUACAAGUUCAUCCACAUGCUGAAGGGCAUCAGCAUUUACCCAGAAUCCCUCAGCAGCAGCAAGAGGAUCGUACGUGGUAUCCGGCGGGCCGACCGCUCCGACCGUGACGGAGAGCGAGGCUCUGCCGCCGCCGCCGCCGCCCCUGCCACAGGGAGGGGCAUGGUGCUGGUGGACGCCGAGAACAACAUCCUGGACAUGCCGGGGCAGUUGCAGAUGAGUCAUCUGGUCCCACCCGCCGGGGCGGGUCCCGCCCAGGGUCAGGCCCGGCUCGAGCGGGCGCUGCCGGUCCGCGCUGACUACUGCUGCCUGGACAGCAGCUCGGCCAGCAGCAGCCAGACCAGCAGCAAGACGGCGUCUCCUUUCACCCCCGCCUCCUCGGAACCGGAGCCGGAGCCCAGCCUGGGCUCCAUCAGCCUCACCGUCGACUAUAAUUUCCCCAAGAAGGCCCUGGUGGUGACCAUUGUCGGGGCCCGGGGCCUCCCCGCCAUGGACGAGCAGGCGGGCAGCUCGGACCCCUACGUGAAGAUGACCAUCCUGCCGGAGAAGAAACACCGCGUCAAGACCCGCGUGCUGAGGAAGACCUUGGACCCGCUGUUCGACGAGACCUUCACCUUCUACGGCGUGGCCUACAGCUCGCUGCCUGAGCUCACUCUGCACUUCCUGGUCCUGAGCUUCGACCGCUUCGCCCGCGACGACGUCAUCGGGGAGGCAGUGGUGCCGCUGAAGGGCGUGGACCCGAGCACGGGCCGAGUCCACCUGAGCCAGCAGAUCACCAAGAGGAACAUGCAGUGUGAGAGUCGUGGAGAGCUGCUGGCGUCUUUGUCCUACCAGCCCGUGUCUCACCGUCUCAGCGUGGUCGUCUUGAAGGCUCGACACCUCCCCAAGAUGGACAUCACCGGCCUGUCAGCAAACCCGUACGUGAAGGUGAACGUCUUCUACGGUCGCAAGCGCAUCGCCAAGAAGAAGACCCACGUGAAGAAGUGCACGCUGAACCCGGUCUUCAACGAGUCUUUCAUCUACGACAUCCCGCCCGAGCUGCUGCCCGAGAUCUCCGUGGAGUUCCUGGUGGUCGACUUCGACCGGACCACCAAGAACGAGGUGCUGGGCCACCUGCUGCUCGGCCUCCACAGCCCCUCCCCCUCUGGAGCCUCCCACUGGAGGGAGGUCUGCGAAAACCCCCGCCGGCAGAUCUCCAAAUGGCACAACCUGAGCGAGUACUGAGGGAGGACCACCAGAAUCCAGCUGAGACCAUCGACCAGCUGGGACUCCACCAGUGACCCCCCACUGGGAGAUAAAGACUCAGUGUACAGCACAUUCUCUCACACACACACACACACACACACACACACACACACACACACACACACACACACCCACACACACACACUGUUGUGUCAUAGUUAAAUUCUCUCUCUCUCUCUCUAUCUAUCUGUAUCUCUCUCUCUCUGUAUCUCUCUACCACCGUUCAUCAGCUCUAACAGAAACCUGAGCUUCUUUAUUUCAGCCACAGAAGAAGAAGAGAAUCAGCUGUUUUUAAAGCAGAACCCUUCAGGUCAUCUCAGACUCUCCUCAUGUCUCCUGGCUGUGUGUGUGUGGACGGGGAAGGAAUGCUCCAAUAAGAUUUAAAAAACAAAAGAAGUAAAAAAAAAAAAAAAAAAAAACUCCCCUCUUGCUGUUGUUGUCAUGCAGCUCAUCGCAUGUCUGAAGAAAAAGAUGAAGAGCUGACUGAUCAGCUGACUGAUCAGCUGACUGAUUGACAGGAAGAGACCUCAGCUCUGAUGUUCAAUAACACUGCAUAUAACUCGACGCUGAAUAUAUCCGAUAUAAUUACUUUUCAGUAGGACCAAUAGGAAACUGCUACAGUCGCUCCUGAUGCUCCACCACACCUGGGGGGUGAUGGUUGUUGUAGUCGGCAGCAUGCUACCUGCCUGCAGCUAAACAUCCAACAUCAUCUUCAUCCAUCCACCCUGCAGCAGAGAGUCGGACUGGUCCUGAUCCUGGAGGAGGCGGACCCCCCUCCUCACUGAAGACUACUGAUCCAGCAGACUGAGAGACUGUAAAAUACUUGUUUGUAACAUGAAUGCGUUUCCUCUGAUGUUUCAUUUACAAAGUGCUGGAGACUCCAGAGGAGGCAGAGAGCAGCUGUGGUGCCUGUCACUACAUUACCCAUCAGCCCUGAGUUCUCACUCACCAAACCAGUGAUUUACUGAAGCAGGUUUUAUCUUUGAACCUCAGAGGUGUCACAGAUGUGUGUCAGGGUUCAGCUCAGAUUAAAUAUGCAAAAAAAAAAAACAAAAAAAAAAAUCAUAUUGCGAUUUCAGAUGGAACAGUCGUUUUUUAAUUUCACUGAAAAAUAUAUAGAAAAUAAUGAUGUGAUUGUUUUAACAUAAUAGCAUAACAACAACAACAACAACAUAAUAAUCAUGUUCCUUUACGUCUGGAGAAUAUGAUUUAUAUCUGUCGGUCGGGGGCGUCUCUGUGGCACCACAACACUGAUGGUGCUAACAAUGCUAACGCUAACAAUGCUCAACAAUGAGACACAUUUUACCUUCAUCAGAAAGAACUGCAGCUCCUGUGAUUUGGAUUUUGCACUUGGCCACAUUGAGAUUUCAAUUAUAUUUCGAUUUAUUGUGCAGCUGUAGAUUAAACUCAAGUUUCACAUGUUCAAUAACAUAAAACAUGUGGUGUAAACAUUUACUCACAGGUGAAGCUCCUCCUGUUAGAACCAGGUCAGGUGUAGAUGACUGGACAGAGGUCCUGAAGGUGACAUCAUCAACGUGAGUCUUAGUGCUGUCAGACGUCACUCAGUACAGGUGCAGGUGACGGUCUCUCUGCUCUGCUCAGUCAUCUGAGCUCUGACCACCCAGUGGUCCGUCUCCCUGUGAACUACUCCAGCCUUCAGCUCACCUGUGUGAGCGUCCUGUUUCACCUGGUUCCGGUUUGUGUUGAGAAGAAUUAACUGAUGAGGUUUAUCAAGAUAAAGUGGGUCCAGUACCGGGUCAGUGGAGGCCCUGAGGAAGACCACUGUACUGUUCGUCCUCAGUGACUAGUGCUCAGUGUCACAGGUCACGGUCUCUGUUCAGGAUGACGAGCGCUGAAGAUGUCACAGAGCUGUGUGUGUGAAAGGGUGAAAAGGUGCUUAUACGAGAAGCCACAGCUUAAUUCAAAGAAGAUUCAAAAACUUCUUUACAUCAGUUAGUGUUGGUUAUUGAUGGGGGGCCACAUGACGACACAUGACCCCCCUCUAACACUUCCUGAGCUCAGUUCUGUUCUCCUUGUUGUUGAACAGCUGAUGUUUUCAGAGAUGUGAUGUGAUCCUCUGAUCUCUGCAGCUUCAUAAUAAUAAUAAUCAUAAUAAUAAUAAUUUACCCAGAACAACAUGUGUGUCUACGUCUUCCUGGGUCAGGAUGGGGAAGGAUGGUGGUUAGGAAGCUGCAGGUGACGCUGAAUCUCCAUGAGGUGAUGAUGAUGACAGGUGUGGGUCACCAUCCACCUGAGCAUCGUGAGAAACACCUGAAAGAGCAAAAACAUGAAAUUACAUCAAAAACAGAGUUAGAGAGCAGAAGAAGAGAAACCAUGACAUGAACAGGAAGUAUGUUAAUAUGAAUAAAUAACAAUAAAGUUUUAACAUACAUGUGUGAAGGUUGAGGACAGAAAGAGAAGAAGAAGAAGCUUUACCUUAAAGCUAAAACAGAAUUUACAAAAAACAUGUUUCAUAUUCUUGAUUCCGUGUGUUGGUGUUGUAGAUAAAGAUAUUUAAAAAACAUCUAAUAUGGAGAAAGGUCCUCACUACACUGAUGUUUCUGUGAGCUGCUACGUCCUGCUGCUCCUCCUCCACCAGUCUGAAGAUGGUUCACUGAAUUUAUAACCUGAUCAUUAGAUCCUGAUCAUUUAAUCCUUCAGAGGAAAUUGUCUGUGUUCAAGAUAAACUCCAUCAGUCAUUGAGUUGAUCAAUUCCUGGUUUUUAAAUCAUGACUUUGAGGAAAUGGUUUGUUAUCCAGAUUAAAUCCAGCUGUGAUGUUGAGAUGAUCUGAUGUAAUGAAGUGUGGCUGUUAUCUCGAGAUAAAGAGAUAACCGACUCAUCAGAAACCACAGCCCCUCUCCUCCUCCUCCUCUUCUCUUCCUUUCUCUCUCUCUCUUUCUCAUUUUGUACAUUUUCAUCCUCUCGACCAAAUUUCUACUCAUUUGCACUGGUUUGUACAGGACUCCUCCCUGUGAGCGUUCCCCCCUGCGACCAGCUGGUGGCGCCGUCGCAGCUGCUUUGAUUUCACUUGUUUUCUGAAGCCCAGUGAAUGUUAGUGUGAAGUGAAGCUGACACUGGGUUCAACAUUAACUCUCCAACCUUCAGUCCCGAAGCACAUUUUAGUCCCAGUUUAAAGUUAGUCCACUUUAACUCUGCUCAGAUUAACAUGAAUAACCUGUGUAAGACUAAACUUCACUUUAAACCACAGAUGUGAAGACAGCUGACAGGACACGCCUCCAGCUGUUUUCCCGCCUCGGCUCAGCUGUGGACUGACUGUAGAUUUGUACAGAUGUGAAGAUGUUUGCUGGUUUCCUUCCUGUCUGAUGUCCUCGGAGCUUUAGUGUGUGUGAGCGCCCCCUGCUGUAGACCUGGAUGCUAACCUCUGUGUUGGGUUUGUUAACACAUUGAACGUGCAAAUAAAAAACAAGUUAGCCAUGA